CGAGCGGCAAGCGCGGCAAGCACAAGCAGAGCGGCCGGCCGGCAGUGUAGUGUCAUCGCACAAUCGGGCAGCAGCGACACAAUGACCACCGCGGGGAAGCCAAUCGCGUGUCGCGCCGCCGUCUGCUGGGAGCCCCACAAGCCGCUCAGCAUCGAGGACGUCGUCGUGGACCCCCCUCGGGCCGGUGAGGUGCGCGUCCGCAUGGUGGCGGCGUCCAUCUGCCGUACGGACCUCUGCGCCAUCGAGGGCCACACCAUCAUCAUGUUCUACGAGGGCAUGUACCCCGUCAUCCUGGGGCACGAGGGCGUGGGCGUCGUGGAGAGCGUGGGCCCCGGCGUCACCUCCAUGCAGCCGGGCGACCACGUGGUGCCCUCGUUCGGCAAGAAGUGCAACAAGUGCGCGAUGUGCGCGAGCGGCGGGACCAACCUCUGCCAGGCGACCAGUGGCCAGUGCGUAAUGGCUGACGGCACCACCCGCGUCACGGCCAGGGGCACGCCGGUCUACCAGGUGGCCUGCAUCGGCGCGUUCGCGGAGUACGCCGUGCUCGCGGAGGACACCACGGCCAAGGUGAACCCCGCCGUGCCCAUGAAGCACCUCUCCCCCAUCGGCUGCUGCAUCCCGACGGGCAUGGGCUCGGCGCUGAACGAGGCCAAGGUGGGCCCCGGCUCGACGUGCGUCGUGUGGGGGCUGGGCGGCGUGGGGCUGGCCGUCGUGCUGGGCUGCAGGCUGGCGGGGGCAACCACCAUCCUGGGCGUGGACAUCAACCCCGACAAGGAGGCCCUCGCCAGGAAGUUCGGCUGCAGCGAGUUCCUCGACCCCAAGACCCUGGACAAGCCCAUCGCGCAGUACAUGGCGGAGCGCUUCCCCGGUGGUGGCUGCGACUUCGCCUUCGAGAGCGCGGGCUCCCUGACGGCCAUGAAAGACGCGUUCGACUCGGUGCGCGUCGGCGGCGGCCACUGCGUGGUGAUCGGGGGCACGCCCCACGGCACCCUGCUGGGCAUCGGCCCGGGGGACUUGCUGUGCGGGAAGCGCAUUUCGGGAUGCCUGUUCGGCGGCUACCACUUCCGGAACGACCUGCCCAAGCUGGUUGACGAGGUCGCGGCCGGCCGGAUACCCAUCGACGACUUCGUGACGCACGACUUCCGGUUCGAGGACAUCGGCAAGGCCCUGGAUGUGAUGAGGACGGGCAAGGGCAUUCGCGUGUCCCUCCAGUUCGAGUAACCACCCGCCUCGCACCGUCACUCCUUCUCACCUCCGGAACAACCUGAGCAACCCCACCAGACAUUGCAUUCAGGUCAUGGGACAACAAUUUACAAAUAUUUGACAGUCAAUGAAAUCUUCCUUAAGAAGCGUCACAUAAAAAGAAGCUUGCAGUUGCUGGUGUUUAAAAGGUUGCUAUAUAAUAUUUUUACAGAACAUCUGAAUUUUACUUUCCACACUGUCAUUGAUUGUUUAAAAUAAAAGCUCAUCUCAAUGAA